AUGAAUAAUUCAACGGGCUGUUCGGCCAAUGCCACAGUUUGCAAUGGUGCGUCCUGUGUGGUAGCUCAGAAUAACUUCAAUGACAUCCUCAGUGUGGUACUGAGUACUGUCUUAACCAUCCUCCUGGCUAUGGUGAUGUUUUCCAUGGGAUGCAAUGUGGAAAUCAAGAAAUUCCUAGGACACAUAAAGCGGCCAUGGGGCAUAUGCGUUGGCUUCCUCUGUCAAUUUGGAAUCAUGCCCCUCACGGGAUUCAUCCUUUCAGUGGCCUUUGACAUCCUCCCUCUCCAAGCCGUAGUGGUACUCAUCAUGGGAUGCUGUCCUGGAGGAACUGCCUCCAACAUCUUGGCCUACUGGGUAGAUGGCGACAUGGACUUGAGCAUCAGCAUGACUACAUGCUCCACGCUGCUCGCCCUGGGAAUGAUGCCGCUGUGCCUCUUUAUCUAUACCAAAAUGUGGGUCGACUCUGGGACGAUCGUCAUUCCCUUUGAUAACAUAGGUACAUCUUUGGUGGCUCUUGUUGUUCCGGUUUCCAUUGGAAUGUUAGUUAAUCACAAAUGGCCCCAGAAAGCCAAGAUCAUACUCAAGGUUGGGUCCAUCACGGGGGCAAUCCUUAUUGUGCUCAUAGCUGUCGUCGGAGGAAUUCUAUACCAGAGUGCCUGGAUCAUCGCUCCCAAACUGUGGAUCAUAGGAACACUAUUUCCUUUGGCUGGAUACUCUCUAGGGUUUUUACUGGCUAGAAUAUCUGGUCAGUCCUGGCACAGGUGCCGGACAGUUGCUUUGGAAACAGGGAUGCAGAACACUCAGCUGUGCUCCACCAUCGUGCAACUCUCUUUCACCCAGGAAGAGCUCAAUGUUGUGUUUACCUUCCCACUCAUCUACAGCAUCUUCCAGCUUGCCUUUGCUGCAAUAUUCUUAGGAAUUUAUGUGGCAUACAAGAAAUGUUAUGAAAAAAACAAUGCGGAAUUUCCAGAGAGCAAAGACAACGAAACGGUCUCUGAGUCAUCGCUCUAUAAGGUGAAUGAAGGAUUUCAACCAGAUGCAAAGUAG